GAUUGGAUCUGCACGUGUAUUAGAUCACGAUCGGGGUGAUUCAUUUCUAUCGCUUCGCCUCCAAGUUGCUUUCUUUUUGCUCCCACUACAUUCAAGUUACCACUUCAUCACUGUCCAACACAACGACGACAACGGCGAAGAACGAACGACGACGACGACGAAGACGAAGACAACGAGCGACAUAGUACGAUGAACGUGUCUGAUCUACUUCAAGAUUCACCUAGUCAGCAUAGAAAACGACCUUCCGGUACGACGAGCACCAGCUCUUCUUCACCCCAACAAGUUGUUGCCGUCCCAAAGUCCAAUUCAGAUUCACCCCAAUCAAACGCAGCUCAGCCUCGUCCUACUCUUCCACCAACCCCAAAUCCAAAUGCCCAGUACCCUGCACCGCCAUCUUACUACUCACCUUCCCCUUUCGUACCACAGCGCAUCACACCGAGGCAACCACCCGAACAACAACCAAUGGCUAGCCUACAACAUCCUCACCCUCACAAUUCCUGGGGUCCUCGCUCAUCUUCGGGGUCCUCCACCCUUCUAUCCGCAACUACCACCAGAGCGCCACUGCCCGUUGAAAGAAGUCCGGUCGUACAACGACAAAACGUAAUCAACACUCCAACAACUGCUCCAGCACCCUCCCACUCACCCCAAAAUCAGCCUCAACCCCCCAAACAACCACUCGAAAAACGUCCGCCUCCAAACUUGAACCCCAAUCUCAACAAUCAAAGUCCAAAUCUAAACCCAAAUCUCAACUUUCGUGACCGCGAGACUAUGCGAGACCCUCUUCGCGACCUUGGUCGUGAACAAGGCCUCCACUUGCGUGACCCUGUAUUGUUGCCGAGAGAUAGGGACCCUGCCUUGUUGCCAAGAGAGCGUGAUCCUGCCUUACUUCCCAGAGAUGCAGGCCUCUUACCACGUGAGAGAGACCUCCGUGAUCCCACUCUCCUCCCAAGAGAACGUGAUGGCCCCAGAGAACGCGAGUCAGGCUUACAGCGUGAUGUCGGUUUACUUCCCAGAGAACGUGACCCUGCUCUACUCCCAAGAGAAAGAGACCCAUUACUUAGAGAUCCCCAUUUCCCACGCGAGCGAGAACCUCUUCUACGCGAACCACUCAUACCUGGCAGAGAUCCCCUUAGGGAGAGAGACCCCCUUCCCCCACGCUAUCGAGAGGAGCGGGAGAGGGAUAUGGAUAUGGAUGUCAUACGUGCCGCUGCGAGAGAGAGGGAGCAUGAGGAGAGGCGCGAGAUGGGCAUGCAGAGGAGAGAGCCAUUGGGUUUGGAUAGACGAGACCCUGCUAUGGAUAGGCGCGACCCGCCCAUGGACAGACGUGAUCCCGUUAUGGAAAGGCGUGACCCCGUUUUGGACAGGCGCGAUCCAAUUAUGGACAGGCGUGACCCUGUUAUGGACAGACGCGAUCCACCCAUGGACAGACGUGACCCGCCAAUGGACAGACGUGAACCACCCAUGGACAGACGCGAGCCUCUCACCAAAGACAGACGAGACCAAGACCGCUCUUCCCACGACAGACGCGACCAUCCAAUGGAGCGCUUCGAACGCCCUCGCCCUCCCUCCGAACGUGGUCCUGUCCCAGCAGGCCCCGGCGUCCUACAACUCCACCCCGGCCCUAUCCAUCCCCAUCCGCACACGCAGCUAGAGCGUGAUAGGGAAAGGGAAAGAGAGCGUGAACGUGAACGUGAACGCGAAAGAGAACGCUCCCAUGCCAUCAUCCCCCCUCUAGACCGUGAACGCGAGUUGGCAAUCCACAGGGAUCGAGAAGCGUUGCGUGAGAGAGGGGAGAGGGAGCUUUUGCAACAGCAGCAGCAACAACGCGACCGGGACCGUGAUCGCGAUCGAGAAAGGGAACGCCCAGGAGAAAUGCAGCGAGAUAAACCCAGCGCCAGUGAACGAGAGAGGGUCGGACCUAAUCCUAACCCCGGACCAGGCCCAGGACCCAGCAACCAUCGCGCAUCUCCACUCUCCCGACCCCCCUACGUACCGGCAAACACCCACACCCACCCAUCGCCUCACGCACAUAAUACUCACGCACACACACCGACCCAUGGACAUGUGCAUAUCCCGCCACAUACUUCUCAUAGCCAUACCCCGCAGACGCAGGGUCGCGGACGGAUGUUGCCUGGUCAAGGACAGUUCCAGGCAUUGCCUCCUCCGCAUCCUCAUCCGCAUGAGUGGGAUAGGGAGCACGCGCAAAGUCAGAGAGUGGAAAGGGAGCGCGUGGAUCUGAGGCUUCCUGGUCCUGAGAGAGAGAGGCACCGGGAUAGAGAUAGAGAUAGGGAGCAGAGAGAACGCUUGCCUACUGAUCAACGGUUGAGCGAACGUCCCGGUCCUGGGGAGAUCCUACAGUUGAGGGAUCCAGCGCUUUUGGUUAGGGAUCGAGAGAGCGCUGGUGUUGGUGUUGUGGGGAGGGAGCAGCGGGGUGAAUUUAUAAGAGAGCGAGAGCAGAGAGCGGGAGAGGGUGGGGGAGAGAGAACAUGAGCAGAAGGUGUUGUCGGAUCGAGAGAGGGAGCUUAGAGCUCUUGAGCAGCCUGAUCGACGUGUUGGCCGUCGUACGCAUCCACAUUCGCAGCCUCCGACUCAGGUGCACUCGCGGAUGCCGUCUCCCAUGGUAGAAGAGAGGGAGAGAGCGAUGAUAGAACGCGAACGUGAGCGCGAGCGCGAGCACUUUGAGCGUGAGAGGAUGGAAAGAGAGAGGAUGGAGAGGGAGCACCUUGAACGUGAGUACAUGGAACGAGAACGUGAGC